UGUGUGUUGAGAGCAGCAGAAACUGUUGGCUGUGUGUUUGGUCAUGCUUUAGAACACUUGUUUUUGUUUUGAAAACCUUACAAAAAAAGGAGGAGGCUAGUUUUGAGUUUCAGGUUCUGCAAAAAAGAAAGUGGGCAGUUGAGUUCCUGCCUUCGGGUGUCAAGGAUGUGUGCCUGGAGUGUAUUUGUGUGCCUUUCAGUGUGAGGACACCCACAUUGCUUGGAGCGAGAAGAGAGAGAAAGCAAGCAAGAGAGAAAGGCAGAGAGAGAAAAAACAGUCCAUUGCAGGCAGAGGAGAGAGGAGAAGAAAUAGCCUUUGCUUGUGCUAAUUUAAGGUGUGAGACUGAAGAUGAAGAGGGUUUAUUCCCAAAUAGAGAAUAUGUUUGCUGUGAGUUUUCCGGACUGUAUGGCCAUGUUUCAGAAGCAUUCUCUCUUGCUGUUUCGCCCACCACUAUGGCAGGCAUCCUCAGAGGUUGUGAGGUCUGCUGGAAACUAGGCAAGUGGGGUUUAUAUAUCUGUGGAAUAAUGUCCAGGGUGGAAGAAAGAACUCUUGUCUGUUGGAGGCAGGUGUGAAUGGUACAAUUUAGCCGACAAAGGAUUCCCCCAGGCAGGAAGCAGCCAGGCUUUGAAGCUGCAAGGCUAUUCAAUGCUAAUCAAGGUGGUCAACUGCAACAUUCACACUUGCCUCCAACAAACUUUCUCCCACCCUGGAGGAGGCUUUUCUGCCUGUUCUCCCCUCCCAGAUUGAGGGAGAAUGAGAAAUAGCAAUUCCUAUAUUGGGUUUGAUGCAUGACAGGCUUUGCACGUAUGGCAAGUGGAGUUUAUAUAUCUGUGGAAUGUCCAGGGUGGGAGAAAGAACUCUUGUCUGUUGGAAGCAAGUGUGAAUGUUACCUCUGGCCACCUUGAUUAGCAUUGAAAAGCCUUGCAUCUUCAAAGCCUGGCUGCUUCCUGCCUGGGGGAAUCCUUUGUUGGGAGAUGUUAGCUAGAGAAUAUAUUUAAUAGUAAUGUAUUAGAUUAUCGGGAAGCAAGUUAGGGAAUACAUGAGUAGAGAUGCUUAAGAUUACACUGCGUAGUCGUUACCUAAAUAUCCUAAAGGCACCAGAUCCGGUCUGAUCUUAGAUACCAAACAGGAUAUUCCUUGGAUGGGAGACUGUCACUGAAUACCAUAUGCUAUAGGCAAUAUUUCAGAGGAAGGAACUGGCAAAACCACUUCUGAGGAUUCCUUGCAUAAGAAAAAACUAUAAAACGAUUUAAUCCGACAGGCAACGUAACUGUUGCCUGUCGACUUAACAUCACCUAUUUACUGGGAAGCCAACCCAAAAUAGGACUUUGAUAAAUAUGCACAUGGCAUGCCUCUGUGCAUGACAAAGGAAAAUACCACCCUUAAAACGUAUUUUAUUGUGAGCCUGACAAAUGUUGAGUCAACGAGGAAAUUGCUUUGCUUCUGCUUCAUGGUUCUUUCUCUGAGAGAUGGAAGAAAUUACGGGGCAACCAAAGGCGGUUUGGGCAAAAUGCAUUAGCUACCAGUCUGUAGAUGCUUUCAGCCAGAUGGGUGGUGGUGAUCCGAGUCCUUGUCUAAUAAAAUAAUCAAAUUAAGCCAAAUUAUGGAGCGAAAUCAGGAAGUAGUGAUGAGGAAGCAUCUUUGUUUUAUCUGCCUAUGAUAGUGAGAGUUGCAAAACAGAGGAAGGCACAAAAAAGGUUGUAUUGAGAAAAGGAUGUUUUCACCUGAUGGGUGAAGUUCACGUAGAUUUCUCUGUGUUUGUUGAAGGUGGUGAUCUUGAACGGCUUGACUGCAACAGAGCUGGAUAAAGUAACUUGUUAGACUGCAAGACCCAGAAUCCACCAAGCAAUGACUAAACUUAUUUUUGUUGUGUGCCUUGAAGUCAUUUCAAAUUAUCACAGGAUAGAGCAAUAGUUCCCAACCUUUUUUUGAUCAGGGACCACUUUGACCAGGGACCACUCUCCAACAUUAGUACCAAAAGGGUUACGAAUCAGUUUUUGGUCAACUUUAGAUUCGGUUUGGUUAUUUGGGAUGCUGAUUCAGAAAAUUGCAUUGGAUAGACCACAUCAGCUCUAGUUUCUGAUACAGAACAUAUGCCAUCCAGUAGUCGCCAUCUGCUUGCCCACAUUAAACCAUAUUUAAUAAUCCAGAGCUGAUGUGGUCUAUUCAAUGCAAUUUUCUGAAUCAGCAUCCCAAAUAACCCCAGGAACAGGCCUAAAAAUGAAGACAUCAAGACCAUUUUUUUGUUUUGGUUGGGCUGUUAUUAUUUGUAGUAGUAACAGUGAGGCCAUGGACCAUAUUUUAGUUCUUGAGGACCACAGGUUGGGAACCACUGGGAUAGAGAAUGUGACUUGCUCAAGGCCACCCAGUAAGUUUCCAGAGCCAUUGAAGAUUUGAAAUCUGAUCCUUAGCACCCAUAGUACAUUUACACUGUAGAAUGAAUGCAAUUUGAAACCACUUUAGCUGCCAUGACUCAAGGCUAUAAAAUCAUGGGAGUUGUAAUUUUGCAGUCUUUAGCGUUCUCUGCCAGAAAGUGCUGGUGUCUCACCAAACUACACCUCCCUGGAUUCCAUAACUUUGAGCCAAGGUGGUAAAAGUGGUGUCAAACUCCACGUAUUCUACAGGACCCAUGGUUCAAUGCUAAAACCAUGUUGCUUUUUUUUCAGUAAAGGUAUAAGAAGUAAAUAAUUCUGACCAAACCAUGACCAUUUGGGUGGAAUCAGCCUAAAUAUCCUGAUCGACCUUGGAGGUUUGUUGGGGACACAAAGUGGGGAGGAAAAAAACUAUAUGUCCCAUCAUUGGAGAAAAAAGUAGAAUAUACAUAAUUGAAAUCAAUAUACCGGCAUAUUAAAUCAGUGCCACAUGGACAUGGAUGGUGUUGGAAAUGCAUAACCUGUCCAGAGCCGAAUCGAAGGAAAGGCAUGACUCAUGUUGGCAUUGUAGCCUGUAUAUUCCUUUACUGUCAGUGUGCUGUGAUGUGGGAUUUCCAUCCUGUGCAGCUGGUAUGUGUCUUAUCAUGCACUGUGUCUGAUGGAGCUUCCUCAAAGGAAUGCUGUGGGAUUUAUAUUUAGCGUUCUCUUGGCAGAACAAAUGCCCUGGGUGUUUGCAGACAGGGAGCAGCUAUCCAUGGGAGGGGUAUAUGUGUAAUGCUAUGUAUCCUCUAUUUAGUGGGGUUCUUUUGCAUUAAAGUUUAUACAUUUCCAGUCAGACAUGAUCACCUGAAACUAUGAAAACAUCUAUACAUCAUGCUAGUAGAUCAAGAUCUUGUUUACUGGUUGUGUCAUGUAACAUGGGACAAUGAUACUGUUGUGCAUCUGAUUGCAUAAUAAAUGGCAGAACGUUGCACACUCUUGUUGCAGAAGUCAUCACCACCCUUGCACAAUCAAGAAAAAAUAUAUGUUUGUGUAAUGCCACUUUGUUGUUGUGUGCCUUCAAGUCAUUUCUGAAUUAUGGUAACCCUAAGACGAACCUAUAGUGGGGUUUUCUUGGAAAGGAUUGUUCAGAGGGGGAUUGUCAUUGCCUCCCCAUGGGUCACCAUGAUUGUGUAAGGUUUGAACCCUGGUCUCCUAGAUCUUUAACUCAAAUCACUGCACUAUGUUAACCAACACUUACUUUGCUAGCUCUAACCUGCUAAGAUGUGUAAAAUCCAUUUAACAACCAAUACACAUACUUCCCGGAGGUAUGGCUCAGCUCCAUUCAUACAAGAAUCUGUAGGUAUCAAAUUCUGCAACCAUCCUUCGGUUAUGCAACUCUGAGCAGAGACGUCCUUAUUGGGAGAGACUGGCUCAACUGGACUCAAUUGGACUACUAAAUGGCAAUUUCAUUGCUGGAAAAAAGUUAUUCAACAAUAUUUAUAGGUAAAGAAGUUAGGGUGGUUGGUAGGGCUAUAGGGUAGAACCCAAUGACAUUAGAAAAUUCAGUCACAAAAUUCUAAAAAAUAGCUCACUUGGUACCAUGUACUGGAAAUGUUUUGGUGCCAAACACUGACAUGCAUUCCUGCUAUACAUAAGAUUUAUUGGUGACAACUAAUGGAGCAAAUUGUGUAUAUCAGAGAAGCAUCCCAGCCCUUUUGCUAAUAGAGUAAUCUCAUAGUCAGUGGAUACACUGAGUUUUUAAAAGGAAAUUUGCCUUGACUUUAUUGUAACAAAACACACCAACCUGCCCCAAUCUUAAAUCAUGACUUUCCAUCUCUCGAAGCCAAAUUCAUUGUUUCAAGCAGAACAAAGAAACAUAGGAGGUUAGGGAGAGAAAACUCAACCAUGCAAGGAAAUGAGCUCCACUCAAGCUGAAAUGGAAGCAGGCCAAGACUGGGAGCACUUAAUAUUUAACAGCAACACCAAGUGGCAGAGAAGAUUUUUGAAAAUUGGCUUAUGGGAAAUGUCAGAAAGCACUGAGAAGAAAGGUCUAGGUCAGCUUCUCUCUUCAGUGGGAUUUGUAGCUUCCUUCCAGAAUGUUUAAUAUAGCCUUUCAUUGUUCUUUUGGGAAGUUGUUUACAGAAACCUCAAAUAUCAACAGGGAUUUUCUUGAAAGGACCAUAAAUGUGGCCUUUGAGUGCAAAUUAUAAAGACGAUCAACUUUUUCAGUUGCUGGUUCCCAAUGACAAUAUUAUACAAUUAUUAUGUUUUGUUUAACUGUCUAGUGCAUGCUACUGAAGAAUCAGCAUGGUGCAGUGGUUUGAGCAUUGGACCAGGACCCUGGAGACCAGGGUUCGAAUCUCGGCUUGGCCACGGAAACUCCUUUGGUGACUUUGGGCAAGUCAUAUCCUCUUGGCUUCAGAUGAAGGCAAGGGCAACCCCCUCUGAACACAUCUUGUCAAGAAAGCCCCGUAACAGGGUCACCUUAGGGUUCCUAUCAUUCAGAAAUGAUUUGUUAACAGUAACAAAGUACAUAGUUUAUCUCUGCAUUGCCUUUUCUCUCUCUGGAAUGUCCCACUAGUCAGCUUUAUUGCAUGACUCUGGGUUCUAGUCCUUUCCCAGUUCUAACUUUUUGUUUUGCUUGUUUUUUCCCCUCCUUAGGAAAAGAAUGAGAGGCUCACGAUGCCUCACAGUGGCCACUGCUCUUCUGACGCUAGUAGCCCUCAAGGCGUAUAUAGAGUGGACUGCUGAAGAGGAGGAGCGCUUUCCAACUCCCCAUGGAGCCGGUUGGCACAGCAGCCCCAUCACACCCGCCCAGCCCUCCAAAGAAGAGGCACUGGUAUUCAUCCCACAACACUUCAAUGCUUCCAUGCAACAGCUACGGCAAAGCAUCCCAAGGGCCAAAGCCUACUGGAAUGAGAAACAGCACCGUAUCUUCCGGGUUCUGGAAGGUGACUUGGAAGGCAAUGCUUCACGGGAUGAAUGUUUUGGUUCCAGAGCUGCAGAUAAAGCGUCCAAGAUCAAAGACUUUGGUUCCUACUCGGAGCUUUACAGGAACUUCAUUCUAUACGACGAAUGCCGGACUUUUCCGCUCUUGAUCAACCAGCCGACCAAGUGCAUCAGCAGCGGCAAGAACCACACUUUCUUGCUCUUAGCCAUCAAAUCUUUGCCUGGAAACUUUGCUGCCCGCCAGGCUGUGCGGGACACAUGGGGACAGGAGGGUGCCCCUGGCGGGUUACCCAUCCGCACCGUUUUCUUGUUAGGCACGGCCCAGGGCCGUUCUGGACCUCGCUUGCAACGGCUGGUGGAUUACGAGAGCCAGCUUUUUGGGGACAUUUUAAUGUGGGACUUUGAGGACACCUUCUUCAACUUGACUCUGAAGGACAACCUCUUCCUCAACUGGACACUGGAGUACUGCCGAGAUGUCAGUUUCAUUUUGAAGGGGGACGAUGAUGUUUUUAUCAACACACCCAAAGUCUUGGAUUACUUGGGGUCUUUAGAUGUUCAAAAGCCACUGUACAUGGGGCAGGUGAUGGCAAAUGCUUCACCAUUCCGCAUCCGCAAAAGCAAGUACUAUGUGCCAGAAUCGUACUACGUGGGUCCUUACCCAUCCUAUGCAGGGGGUGGUGGCUACAUCUUCUCUGGAUCACUAGCCCGGUGGCUCCACUUUGUGUCGCGACACAUAGCCUUCUACCCUAUCGAUGAUGUUUACACAGGGCUCUGCUUUCAAGCCUUGGGCAUCCACCCUGAGACUCACCCAGGCUUCCAGACCUUCGAUAUUGCAGAGAAGGACCGUGAGGACCCUUGUGUACACAGAAAGCUGCUCUUGGUGCACCGACGUAGUCCUCAGCAGACCCUUCAGCUCUGGAAACGAAUCACGGACUCAGAACUCAGGUGCUGAAGGGAGUCAGGACUAGCAGACCUCUGAGUGUGGAGGUUCCAGGAGCAAUAGGAAGUAGAGGCAGGAGAUGGGAGUGGCAUGCCUUCUGUGUCCCAAAUGGGUUUUUGCUAUGCAUCCUGCAUGUGGCAGGGGUUUGAGCAUGACCUCCUUAUAUUGCAGAUUUGGAGAUAGUAACUAUUUGAAUUCCAGUGGCUUAGGACAGGCCAUUGCUUCAAUGCCCAGGUCACAAGGUCCUUGGAACCAGUUGGGUUAGCCGCUGUUGGAAACAAAAGCACUAGACAAAAGAAGACAUUGGGCCAUUUCAGUUGGCGUCUUCUGAACUUUGUGCUCAGGGAACCAUCUCUCCACUCUGGCAGGGAAGAGAGGGAGGAAGUCUGUUAAGUAGGUUGUUGGGUGAUGUUUGGAAAAGGGAAUGAAGAUGUCACAAUUUUUAACAGGGUUACUGGAAGGGAAAAGGACUACAGCUCAGGUCUGAAUUGGCAGCAGUCAUGAACCAUUAGGAGUACAUCCAAAAUGGACUUCGAAGUUGAGGAACUAUUUGAAAUCCUGGCAAAGAGCUGCCCUUUAUAGAUUAAGGCUGGAAUUCUAGAUCCCAGGGUCCAAUCUACCUUUUGGGGUUUCUCAGUGACUAUGCCCACUUCUCCGUGACACCAUUGUUGGAUGAUUUGCCAUCUUUGGGCUGUUCUUUCUCCCACAAAAUAUGAAAGGUUGUCCCAUAAAAUGUUCUCACUGGCAUCUAAGAGCUUUCAGCUGAAUUAUGGCAUUUUUAGUUCUGCCCUUUUACCUGGUCUAUUAUGGGAACACAUACUGGUAAACUUCUCUCAAAUUGAAUUCAGGCCUUAAAUUAGAAGAGGUUUCCCAAACUUGGAGUAGGUUGUUGGGUAGAUUGCUCUUCAUGGCUUCUCUGGAUGUUGUUGGAUUACAACUCCCUACUGGAGCCCCCGGUGGCGCAGUGGGUGACGGCAGGACUUAUGACUUGCUUGGGUUGCCGGUUCGUUUUAUAGUUUUUUCUUAUGACUUGCUGAAGGUUGCCGGUUCAAAUCCAACCUGGGGAGAGCGCGGAUGAGCUCUCUUUAUCAGCUCCAUGCAGGGACAUGAGAGAAGCCUUUCACAAGGAUGGUAAAACAUCAAAACAUCUGGGCGUCCCCUGGCAAUGUUCUUGCAGACGGCCAAUUAUUUCACACCAGAAGCAACUUGCAGUUUCUCAAGUCGCUCCUGACACACACACACAAACCCUACUGCAGUGAUUCUCAACCUGGGGUCCCCAGAUGUUUUUGGCUUUCAACUCCCAGAAAUCCUAACAGCUGAUAAACUGGCUGGGAUUUUUUUGGGAGUUGUAGGCCAAAAAUAUUUGGGGACCCCAGGUUGAGAACCACUGCCCUACUGCCUUUGCCAAUGCAGCCAAUAUAUGGGAGUUCCACAACAUCUGGAGUUCGGCACACUCUCUGUACUUAAACCCAAUCUUGUGUAUUUCAAGGAAAAGCAUUUACUGCCAUGUGCUUUAAAUAGUAAGUUACUACAUCUAAAAACAGAGAGCCACGGAGGACAGCAAUGAUAGCUCAAGGUUAGAAAUAUUCUUUCCCCCAGAGUUUGAAGGCAAUUUUAAACAUUUUCUCAGGGCUUCCUGACUGAAAUGUGAAAGGAUUUAUAAUAGAUCCUUAUGACUUCCAUUGGUAAACUCAGCUUUGUAGUCCCACUUCGAUUCAAGUCAUAACAUUUCAGGUACUUUCAAAGCAUGCUUGCUGUGAAAACUUCCAGCCGUUUAGUGGAAGUAUGAGUCAAUGGAAACUUUAAUCGUCCUAAAAGCUAGAAUAUAUUUUUCCUUUUCCAAAGACUAUAGUUGAUAACCACACCAGAUGUGGAAGUGUCACCCCUGAAAAUGCUUCUGAGGUGUCACGUUUCUUGGUUGUCCCCUUCCCUGUCUAUAACUCUACUUCAGUGGUUCUCAACCUGUGGGUCCCCAACUGUUUUGGCCUACAACUCCCAGAAAUCCCAACCAAUUUACCAGCUGUUAGGAUUUCUGGGAGUCGAAGGCCAAAACAUCUGGGGACCCACAGGUUGAGAACCACUACUCUACUUGAUCUGUCUGUAAUAUCAGGUCGGGCCCCAACAGGCUUUCUUCUUUGCUUUCUUUUCUCCUAUUUUAACCUUCCUGUUUUUUUUCUGAUGAAGCCAAGAAACCUACAGCUGGGCAAACAAAGGAGUGGAGUAAACCAGUGACACCUUUCGUCACCAUUUAGCGUUUAAAUAUGGCUUGAAAGAAAAAGGUAAAACUUUGCGAUGGUAAAAAUAGAUGUUCAUCUAAGCUGCCAGUUGCUCUUCCUUUCACAGCUGCUUUAGGUCGAAGAAGGCGCUGAUAUUUUUGUGUGACCUGUUUAAAUGUGGAGAACGUCAUAAUCCAAACACUGUAAUGAUGUAUAUAAAUAUAUAAGAAAUAUAAUAUAUAAUAAAAUGAGUCUCAGGUGCGGUGUA